AUUCAAAACACUUUAAACAUGUCCGUUAGACCCACUGAUUCUUGGAACGUCUGUCUCAACACUUCACUUGAGCAAGAAGACAAGGAAGUUUAUGAUAUUGUCGAAAAUGAAAAGCUUAGACAAUGGUCUGGUUUGGAACUUAUUGCAUCUGAGAACUUUACUUCUCAAGCUGUCAUUGAGGCUAACGGUACUGCCUUGACCAACAAGUAUUCCGAAGGUCUUCCUGGUGCUCGUUACUAUGGUGGUAACGAAUACAUUGAUCAACUCGAAAUUCUCUGUCAGAAGCGUGCUUUGGCUGCUUUCGGUUUGAAUCCUGAACAAUGGGGAGUGAACGUUCAACCCUACUCUGGUUCUACUGCCAACUUUGCCGCCUUGACUGCCUUGAUUCAACCUGGUGAUCGUUUGAUGGGUCUUGACCUUCCCUCUGGUGGCCACUUGACUCACGGUUAUCAAACCGCCAAGAAGAAGAUCUCUUCUUCCUCCAUCUACUUCACCUCUAUGCCUUAUCAAGUCAACCCCAGCACUGGCUUGAUCGACUACAAGCGUCUUGAAGAAAAUGCAGCCUUGUUCCGGCCUCAAUUGUUGAUCUGUGGUGCCUCUGCUUAUCCUGCCGAAUGGGAAUACGACACCAUGCGCAAGAUUGCCGACCAACACGGAGCUUACUUGAUGUGCGACAUGGCUCACAUCUCUGGUCUGAUUGCCGGUAAGGAAGCUCUUUCUCCCUUUGACUAUUGUGAUAUUGUCACCACCACCACACACAAAACCCUCCGUGGUCCCCGUGCCGGUCUUGUCUUCUUCCGUCGCGACAAGGGUGAUGGUCUCGAAUCUCGCGUGAAUCAAGCCGUGUUCCCCUCUUGUCAAGGUGGUCCUCAUAACAACACGAUUGCUGCUGUUGCCGUCGCAUUGAAACAAGCUGCUUCCCCCGAAUUCAAGCUGUACGCCAAACAAGUCCGUGCCAACGCCAAGAAGCUCGCUGAAGUCUUGACCAGCUACGGCUACAAACUCGCCACGGGAUCAACCGUGAACCACUUGAUCCUCUGGGACUUGAAACCUCAAAAGUUGACUGGUUCCAAGGUCGAACGUAUCUGUGACAUGGUCCAUAUCACGAUCAACAAGAACUCAAUUGCCGGUGACAAAUCUGCAGUGACCCCUGGUGGUGUCCGUUUGGGUACUUCUGCCUUGACCUCUCGUUCCUUGAAGGAAGAUGAUUUCGUCAAGGUUGGUGAGUUCCUCCAUAGAACUGUUCAAAUCGCUCUCGCCGUUCAAGAAAAGUGUGGAUCCAAGUUGAUGAAGGACUUUGUUGCUGCUCUUGAAGGUAAUGAAGAAAUCGCUCAACUGAAAAAGGAAGUUAUCGAGUUUGCUCGUUCUUUCCCUAUGCCCGGUUUUGAUCCUUCUCAAAUCAAGGCUACUGUCACUAUCUAAUUGUUGUAUAAUAUAAAAAAAUGUAUGCUAUAGUAUAAAAUAGUUCAACACACCUUCAAGCACAUAUAUUUAUUUUCUUUUUUCUUUUUUGCUGUAAACCACACACAUACCUUUUGUCAUUUUUCUCUAUAAUAAAACGUUCAACACA